GUCUCGCGAGGUUUGCACGUUUCAUUUUCUUCAUCCAGCAUGGCCGCGCUGUAUGAGGGAUUCACGUUGUGCGGACUCGUACAAACUCAAAAUGCUUCAGAUUCGGAAAUCCAGGGAAUUGAACUGGAUGGAGACAGUGACCAUGCCAUCGUCACCGAUUCCACGAGAUCUGUCACUUUAUACAAGGUUUCAGACCAGAAGCCUCUGGGUAGCUGGACGGUGAAACAGGGACAGUUGUUGACUUGUCCUGCAGUGUUCAACUUUCAGACCAAGGAGUAUGUAGUGGUCUCUGACAACAAGGUCAUCAGAGUUUGGAAAGAUGAAGACCUCAAUUUAGACAAAGCAUUUAAAGCAACUGUAUCUGCUGAUGUAUGGAGGGUCCACUCUGCCCCAGGGGAAGAACCUGUGGUGCUGUUCCAGAGAGGGGCAGUCAGACUCCUGGACUCCCUCCUCUCCGCCCCCCAACAGCCCAUAGAGGAUGUCCUGUCAGAGGAGGAGGUCAUAAGGUGGAGCACCAACAUCGUGGCUGAGAACCAACACUUUGUCCUCUUCACGACAGAGCAGAAAGGGGAGCGCUGCCUUUAUGUGCAGAGGCUCAACCCCAACACCCUACAGAAGUAUAGGCUGGAGAGAGAAGACUCUGGAGCUCCCCCAUUGAGUUUCUCUGCCUCUCUCCGGGACAAACAUCUCAACCUGCUCUACCUGUACCCUAACGGCUGUGUGUACCAGAGUGUGGUGGCGGCGCGGGGGUAUGUGGGGCUGGAGGGGGUGCAGACCCUGCCUCGUAGCCUGCGCCUGAGGCUGCCCGUGGGGGAGGGAGAGCUGGGCGCUGCCUCGGCAGUGGCCCUGGACGAAGCUCAUGUGGCUGUGGUGGGGGUGCCCCAUCCCUCCGCCAGGACUGGCAAAGAUUUCCUCUGCAUCUGGAAUACUAAUUUCCAGACUCUUCAGGCUGGUAAGGAGUUGGCGGGAAGAAUCCAUGGACAGGUCUGGUGUUAUUUGGGAAAGCUGUUUGUCCCUCAUGGCAAGGCCCUCUCCGUCAUUCCCUACCAGUGUCAGAAGUCUUCUCUGGCCUCGGCCCUGGGGAAACUACGACACCCCGGGAUCGCAGUGUCCAAAUCGUCGGUGGCUGUGCCCUCUUGGAACACCCUACUCCAUGGGGAUCAGACACAGGGGCCCACCAAAAUAGUAGAGACCAGGAAGAGUAAGCUGAGUCGGAAGAGCCAAUCAGCACAAGCCCUCACAGUGGACCAAGUACUGGAGCUUGUCAAGACUGGUCCAGUGGAUGAGGUCCAGAGGGAGGUGGAGGCCCUGGUCUCCAGAGGCGAUGCCCAGGACCUGCAGCUCUCGGUGGGCCAGCUGGCCUGCCACCUGGUGGCCCGAAGCCAGGCCGAGACAGCCUUCUACACUCCCGUGGCCCUGGCACAGCUGGUGCAAACACAGUGCCUUUGCCACAGCGUGUGUCCCGACCUCCUGCUGCUGGCCCUGGAGCACAAGGACUACUUUCUGUGUCAGCUCUGCCUGCAGCUCUUCCCAGACAUCCCUGAGGUGGUCACGUGUGCCUGCCUCAAAACCUUCAUCAGUGUGCCAGACGGCGACGUGGAGAUGGUCAGUCUGGAGCCGGACAGCGUGUCCUUCAUGGAGGGCCUGGUGGCGGCGGGGGCCCGGGGGGGCCAACAGAACGGCUUCAGCCCGCCUCUGUUUGAGGAGGACAGCUGUGACGCCAACCACCAGCCCAAACCUCCCCAGGAUAAGAAGGCCACACUGCAGCUAGAGGCCUGUCCUGUGGGUCUACACAAGGCUGUGCUACUUAAUGAGGUCCUGCAGACGCCGUACAGUGACAACUUCCUGCUCCCCCACCUGAAGGACCUCGAUACUCAGCAGGUUAUUCUCUUUCUUCAGUACCUCCAGUUUGUCUAUUUGAAAUAUUCCCAAGACGUGUACACACAAACGCCAGGUUUGAGAUCGCCCACGAUGACACAGAUCAUUGACUGGGUGUGCUUGUUGUUGGAUGCUCAUUUUACAGUCUUGGUCAUGACUCCUGAUGCCAAAGGAUUGCUGUCAAAUCUCCAAAGCUUUGUCAAGUCCCAGGUGAAACUGUUCUCUGAACUGGGGAAGAUCGAGAGCAGCCUUCAAGAGCUCCACAAAAUGAAGCUGUCGAAGGACAUCAGCCAGUACUCCAUAGAAGUCAUUGAGCUGUUUUAGACUAUAUUUACAGAUUAUUUCUAAUCAAACUCUGCCGUUGACCUUCUCUCCCCAUUUUCUCUCGGUCAGUUGCAUCGUUGUGUUCCACUUUGUAUUUGGUCCACUACCAAAAGGUCCAUGGUUCAACUGCUGUAUCAUACCUACCUACUGUAGAUGCCUACACUGGUCCCAGAUCUGCUUGUGCUUUCAACGGUGAGCAUAGGAGUUGGCUGAGCAGCGCCCAAACAGAUCUGGGAUCAGUCUAGUAGAUUCCCAGAUGUGUAGAGAAAAUGAUUCUCUAGUUCUGAACUGUGCCAUUGAUGAGGCCUAGGUCCCUAUAGCCAUGUGAUUUGUAUUUGUCUGUAUAAUCUGAGGGUGUGUGUAGUAGAAAUAUUUGCUAAUAUGAAUUAUGUAAACGAUAUAGUCCAAUGAUAUUGCAACAUUGUAUAGAUAUUUUUAACCUAUGAAACAUACUGCCCCUUUUAUAGGAAUAUACAAAAUACUGACGUGUCUAGAAAUGGGACUCAACCUUCCAUAUGGUUGACAAUCUUGUGGUUAAAUGUUGUAUUUCCUGAAGGCUAUUUGGACUGUGAAUAACUGUACAUCUCCCAAUCACAUUGUAGUAUAGCAUGUUUUCUAUAGAUACAAUUUGUGUUGCAUUCUAACAAAGUAAAUUCUGAAUUAAUAUGACAGUAUUUGUAUUAAAAAUAACCAAUGCACAAAA